AUAUUGUCGUACGAUAAGAAUUGCAAUGCCAGUGAAUUUAAUGUUAUAGUAUAGGUAGUUAUGAAAUGGAUCUUAACGUCGAGCUACUUUUUUUACUUAUUGCAGUAACGACAUGCGUAGGAGACCCCUCAAUUAGUGGUACCUUGUGUGGAUGUAAAAUGGUAAGACAAUGCUACGUGGACAUGCUGCUCGAUCUGCAUGAACAGGACGAGGCUAUGUGCAUGGAUGAUGCCGAAGUCGGCACCAGUACCUAUAUGAUUUAUUUCAAAGCGCUACAAAAGUAUUGCAGCUCAGUUUUUAAUGUCACGUCUGACUACAUGACGGCGGAAUCAAGAAGUCUCUACGAGGUACAGGUACACUUGCCAAAAGAUGGAGAUAAGAAAAAUGAAAACGUACCAGUAAUUCUGAUGGAAGCUGGACAGAACGGGGGCGUGGAACCCGUGAGACUGCUUCUGCUGUUUAUAGAACGCCUGGUGGCGUGCGAGGAGAAUGAUCAUAUGAUCCAAAACGUGCGAUGGAUCUUCCUUCCGUGCACUAAUCCUGAUGGCUUGGAGUAUGUACGAUUUGAUCGUCCCAAUUGGGGAAAGAAUACAAGAAAAUUAGGAAAUGGUGGAAGCUAUGGAGUUGCCAUUUCUAGAAAUUUUGAUUAUCAUUGGAACGAUUGUGAGAAAGCCAAAAGUAUGCUCGACAAAUAUUACCCUGGCCCGGCGCCUGCUUCCGAAAUCGAAACUAAAUUCAUCAGAAAUGCACUAUUGAAGUAUAAGGAUGAUAUAAAGGCUUAUUUGUCGAUUAGGCGAGAUGGCCAGCACGGGAUACUGUAUCCACACGCUUUUUCGGAUAAAACUGAUGAUGUCGACCCUCGUCAAGUAAAAAUAGCUGAACUGGUUAGCUUGAAGGUGAACCAACGUGGCGGAACUCUCCAGGCAUUUGUCAACAACAGCAUCUACAGAAUAAACAACAAACCGGUUUGUGGAAGCAGUGUGGAUUACGCACACGCGCAAGGAAUACAGCUGCCGUUUGAGCUAAGGGUGGGUUUUGAACAGGACUUACAUAUCCUAAAAACGUUUCAGACUGUGAGCAAGGGUCACGAUGCAGCUCUAAGAGCCGCGUACUUCAGUGGCAUGAGGGAGCUCCAUGCCAUCGUAACUAACCCUAAAUAGGCAUAACCCUGUUUUCACUUUAACAAAUAUUAUUUAAAUGUAUUAGGAUCAUGUUACAUUAGAAAUGUAUUGGAAACGGUCAGAAUAAUGCAGUAAGUUCCGAAGAAUUGUGUAUUAGAAAAUUGGCAUAAUAACAUGAAUUGAGCUAAUAAAUAUUAUGUACUUAGCUGAACAUCUA